AUGUCAAAUACUUGUGUAAGGGUUACAUUAAUUUGACUAAUUUAAUUUUAGCUUAACAAGGAGAGAUUUUCGCCUAAAGCAGCUUUGGAGAGCUUCAGAUCGGUGAGUGAAAGGGAAAAGUUUGGGGUUAUGUUGUACUUUACAGUUUUUGUUUUGCUUUUGCAUGUUUAUAAUCACAUUUAUUGUUUAGUUUUACUUGUUUAAUUUGGAUUAGUAUAAAAGUAUGUAAAUAGUUUAUUGUUUGGCAAUUUUAAUAUCUAAAAUAAGGUAGAAUGUUUUUCAGAAAAUUCACCUUGGUCGUCGGAACGAUAACAAAGAUAAACCCGAACCUCAGAUGCCGUUAUAUUCUCCAUCAGCAUCACCGAGCACGCAGUCUCUGAAUUCGGUAACCUCCAGCACUUCUUACGCUUCACGAUGUUUUAUCUCGCAGAAGAAGAGGUCCGCUCCCGCUCCUCCUUCGACGGAAGUGGUACAGAAUGUGGUUAUCAAGACCUACCAUCACGACUUGGUAGAGCGGAAGAUAUACGACCAGAAGCGAUUGUCUCAAGAAACGCCGAAACGAGAGGAACGAGUUGUUUCGACCGGUCGAAGACUUUUUACAGAUGAAGAACGACAAAUUCGAUUGGUGGAGUUUGAGGACUCGAAGUCUGUUAUUAAUGGCUACAAUAAGAAGGUGGCGAACACACCUGAAGGUAUCUUUUAUUAUAAUGGUUUACUUUGUGGGUUGAAUGGAAAAACUUCGGGUAUUUGGUUAGAAAUCUAGAAAAUUAUAUUAUUAUACUCAAAAUGGUGUGUUUCAUCUUAUUAACGAGUUUAAAGUUUUUUAUUUUUAAAAUUAGAUAUGUUUUUGAUUUUUUUUUCUUCAGGCCGUCAAAAUGGUCAUGCGUCUUCGGCCAAACUUGAAAGUAAAUUUAAAAGCACCAAUUCACCGGCUAUUGCUCUAUCACAACCAAAAUCCAAUGGUACGCUUUCUGAAGCUGAAAAUUUAGAGACAAGACAAGGAGGUACUAACUCGCCACUGAAGUUUUUCGAUAAUACUGACAAAAUUUAUGGAAAUUCCGUCGAAUUUAAAGCCGAACCUGUGAAAAAACAAAGGUAAAGCUUUCAAUUGUUGAGUUUAAGUAUGUUAUUGUGGUAUUGUAAAUUUAUUUUGUUUUAUUUUAAUUAUUUUAGAUUAAUAGGUAACAAAGUUUUGUUUCAGUCAGCAUGAUCAGGUUUACGUGAAUCUGAAUCGCGAAUGUGUAAAAUUGAGAGAGUUGCUGUUGGAUUGGAAUCAGAAGAGAACUGAAGAAGCAGAGAAGGUCAUUGAAGCUCAGGUAAAUUUAUGCCAUAUUAUAUUUUUUGCCUUAAUUUUAAAUUUUAUUAUUUUCAUUUUGAUAUUUUACUUUUUUUAUUAUAAAUUACGGUUUUAGAAGCGGGUUCUGAAGCAAAUACAAUUAAUUGACGAUCUCUUCAAGUAUAACUGUUUGAAGGAGAAAAUAAAUAAGUCAGAAUCAUCUGGCCGAUUGGAAGACAAGUCAAAGCAAUACGAUUACGCGAAUGUAGAGGAGACUAAUGUUGUACAUCAGCAGGAACCAGGGAGCAGUAACUCAAGAAAGGUGGAAAAGCAUAUAGUGAAUGGCAGCAACAACAUUGACAAAGAAGAUGCUGGAUCAGAUAGUAGUAGUGGUAUCUACAAUUGGAGACAGGUGUUGAAGACUCCAGUGAAGCAACAAAGUCCUUGGAAGUUCAUGAGAUCUAACGGAAUGUCUCGUAACGAGACUGAUACCUCUAAAACUGAAGGUAAAGAACAGCAAAAGUUUCCUAUUGUAGGUAGUCAACCUCAAUUCAAAAGCCCAGAGAAGAAGAAAGAAGUCGACAACAACAAUGUUACAGAUCACAUCAGUAAAAGAGACGCUACCUCCAAUAUCUACAGUAGUCGCGUUACAGAGAGUUCUACUAGCUUUUUACCAAAAACUUGGAUUAUGUCCAGAAACAAACCCGAGGUACAGGCAGCUGAAGUAGGUUAAAUUUUUGUUCAAGUUAUUGGUCUUGGCUUUUUAAUGAAUUAUUUUAAAGCAAUAAGACGACAUGAUGUGUUUAACUUUUUUAACAUCGUACUUUCAGAGCCCGAGUGAGAAGCAAAUAGCGGGAACGAGCUUGAAAACGUUACCUAAAAAGGAACCCUUCCACAGCAGAAUCAAAGUGGAAUUGGAGCCAGAAAGUCUUGAUUCUUCAACCGAGGAGCCGGUGCCCGUUUCCGUCAAACAGAUCUUGAAUGACUUGGACCUGUCGUCGGAUUGUGAAGAUAUCUCUAUCGACAGGCUUACAGUAUCCCCGAAUCAGCUACACACCAUAUUCGAGGCAUCAGAAGACAAUUCAGAGCCAGAAGAGGUUGUUGAACCUGAAAAAGAGAUUCCAGUUAACAUUGUUCGGCCGUCGACUUCCGCCCCUCCACCACCCCCUCCUCCAUUGGAUGUGUACACCCAGAAGGCCCAUAAGGUAACAUAAUUAAUGUAAAUAUAUAUUUUAAAAGUUUCCUUUAUAUUAAGAAUGUGAUUUUGGAAAUAAUAAUUUUUAUUUCAGCCGGUAGUUCUCCGUCCUAAGAAGCACGAACAAACUGCAAAGGUAGGUGAUGUCUUCAUUUCUGAUACUGUUUUAGAUUUUCGAAAUAUUUUUAUAAAAAUAUUGUAUUUUAAAUAGGAAAAAGUAAUAUUCGAAGCAGUAAAACAAAUUAUACGGUAAAACAUUCAGGGCGAUGGAGACAAGGAGAAAGAAGCAGCUGCUUGGAGUCAACUCAUGGCUGACAUCAGAGCCCGUGCAGCUGAAAUGUCGCAGAAAUCGGAAAAAACUAGCUAA